AUGAUCACGAAUGUCUUUUCUUCUGCAGACGGAGUCGAUGUCGUUGGAAUUUUAGUGAAUUAUCGUAAUGCAUGUAAAAAUUUGGGAAUACCGACCAUUGUCUCCGUUGAGCGUCAAAUCGAGCGUUUUCACCAGUCUCCCUAUAGUCGACAAGACUUGCUUUCUCUCAAGGGCGAGACAGUAUCUUCAGCUCAAAUGGAGGCUCUUGAGGAAAUUUUUCGUAGAGUUCAAUUCGAUAUUUUGGAUUUCGAGUAUACGUUCUUGGACGACGAUGCCGCCAUUGCAUUGAGUGAAAUGCUGGAGUUCUACGAUUCUGCUCAAAAGUUGAAUCUUUCGUUUAAUAAACGGAUAACCAUUAGGGGAUGGACCGAUAUAUUCAAGGCUGUAAAAAAUUGUAAUUCACUUCAAACGCUAAAUCUACGAUAUACUUCUGUUUCGGACAAGUCGUUGUCCACGCUAUGUCGAACACUUCGAGGAACCCCUCAACCCGUUCUUGGUUGCCUUCAUCUGGAGAAUGUGAAUUUAUAUGGAAGAAAUUUAUACAGUCUCGUAUGUGCCUUGAAGUUCAACACUGUGCUCAGAGAAUUGUAUCUUGGUGAAAAUAACUUGCAAAGUGCCGAUGGAGCUCAUUUAUAUCAGUUGCUAACGAAUAACUUCACUUUACAAAUGCUCGAUUUAAGGAACAAUCAAUUAACGGAUGCUGGAAUUGUGAAAGUAUGUGAAGCUUUGCGAAAUCCGGAGGUAGUAAAGAAUUCUUCUCUUACGGCACUUGUACUUUGGAACAACAAGAUAACUGCCAGUAGCAUGAAUGCUAUUGCAGGGGCAUUAUGUGAAAACUUCCACAUUGAAACAAUUAAUAUUGGAAACAACUUUAUCGGUGAAGUUGGCGUUCAACGAUUGAAACCUGCACUUGCUUGUAAUGGCAGUAAUCUCCGCCGACUUGGACUUCAAAAUACCCACAUGACUUGCCAGAGCUCAGCGGGUUUGCUCGCUCUUCACUCAGCUAUGAAAAUCAACACAUCUAUCUCACUGUUAAACUUGGAUCAAAGCUGUGUUGUUGCUUCAAGUGUUAAAGUACGACCAUAUCAGGAGAAUUUCCGGCGAUACUAUGAUGAUAUCAAAAGGUAUUGCGAGCGGAAUAAACUCGCUGUUCAACAGAAAGCUGAGAUCGGUCCAGUUGACACGAAGGCUGCAAUGUCUUCAAAGAUUGACGAGCCAAGAAUGGAGGAUGAGGACAAAUCUGAACACGGUACUACAGUGAACAUUACUAUGAAUGUCGAAAUGUCGCCACCACAUGAACAACCAACUCCACUAGUGACGAGUUCUGGAUCCAAAGGAAAAUUCAUUCGAACUUCAUCACUGACGUGUGCUGAGACAGUUUCUGAUAUCCAUAGUGCACCACUUCACGAGAAUCAAUCUCGACCGAAAACUUUAGCAUUAGAUGUUCCAUGUACAAAGUUAACUCGUGAAUACUCACCGUCAACUUCAGUGGUGUCGUCUCUCCCUGAUUCACUCGAGUCAUCGCAUACAACAGUCAAAGCAACUGAUGAUUCGAUUUUACCAAAACAAGAAAAUACGGCAAGCAUAUUUUUGGAGGAGUCAGUGAAUGCGACUGAGGGGUAUUCAAACCAACAAGAGUGUUCAGGAAGUGAAGAUGCUGGAACAUCAAAAGAGAGGUGUUCUGCUGAAGAAGUUUUGCAUCAAGACGUUGAAGAUCUCGGUGUUGCUAGUGAAGAUUCUGUGAAGGAUGUCAGGACUGUAGUUAGCGACUUAGUGAACUAUGUGGUGUAUGAGGAAACAUCUGUGAUCGAGCGGAAACGCUCACUGUUGCUGCAGAAUAUUUCGUUUCCAGAUAGUGAGCUAGCCUCCAUAAAAGAAAGUCGCAGUGAAGAUUUCAUGCAGAGUAGGAAUAGUGGGGCAUCAUCGAGGUUUGUUAUAUAUAAUGGAAUAGACGUGCUUAAAGUUGCUACACCAUAUUCGAUAACAUUUAGAAUGGGUAACAUCGCUGAACCUGCCGAAGAGUCAGAUGAUAUUAUUGUUACACACGUGGUCCGCAGACUAGUUCGCGAGGUUUUAAGACAAGAGAAAGAAGAUUUAAGAAAUACACUCGACAGACGACGAAGACGUCCUGGUGUUGUUCAGUCGAGCAGUCCGAUUUAG